AUGUCAUUGUUGAGUAUUAUCGAUGCUGUCGACAACUUCAAGCCUACCGCUCUAUCCACUCAUAAGUUUGUUCCCUUUUACCUAUCCCUCGAGCAUACCCAGCCUCAGGACAUCAUCGGCCAGAUCGCCCCAGAAGUGGUCCACACGAUCAUCUCUCAUCCCCCUGGCACUUUUGCCGUUCAGAUAAUUGACAGCUCUGGUGGCAUGUCUCGGGCUUCCGACAGUACUCGUCCGCCGUCUGUUGCACAAGUCAAGGCAAUCGCUUUUGAUGACCGGCUCAGCACUGCCGAAGAACGAUCAGAGGCUAUUGAACGUGCGAGUAUGGAAUGGCGUGAGCAAGGAUUGUUUGCUGGGGUUAUUGGUGGAAGACAAUGGCGAAAUGAACGGUACACUGUGUAUGUGCACCCGUUCAGGAACGCGGGACUCGGGGGGGAGGUAGCUUUUGAGCUCGAAAGGUCGGCCUGCCAGCUAUUUGGAUUUGUAACGUAUGGGGUACAUAUGACUAUGUAUACUUCCGAUUACAGAAUAUGGGUCCCUCGCCGAUCCAGGACCAAGCAAACCUGGCCGGGGUUUCUGGAUAACUCUGUCGCCGGUGGAAUUCCAGUAGGCAUGUCGCCAUUCGAAUCCAUGGUCAAGGAGUGCGAAGAGGAAGCCAGUCUUACUGAGGAUGUUGCAAGGAAACAUCUGAAGUCAGUUGGAGCAGUUAGUUACUUCUUUCAAAACUCGCGAGGAAACCUUCAGCCCGAAGUUGAAUAUGUGUACGAUAUGCUUUGUCCUUCAGCGAAUGACCCAGCGUUCGUACCCAAGCCAUUGGAUGGAGAAGUCGAAAGUUUUGAGCUGAUGAACUGGGAGGCGGUUAUUGAGAAAAUGAAAGCCGGUGAAUUCAAACGAAACAGCGCAUUGGCAACUCAACAACGUCUUGGUGUGGCCAUGGGUUUUAAGUUAUUGGCCCAAGUAGGCCUCGCUCGCAUCCUAGAUGCGUGUUGGGAUAUUCAGGGUCUGCUGAUGUCACGGCGCGAUCGUCGCAAGGAUCGUGUUUUGAAUUACGGUACUGCUCCCAACCCGCCACUUACUACCACUACCUGUGCAACUUUGAACCUCUGGUCUGUCAAAAUGCCUCCGCGCCGCACCAAGAAACCCGUCAAGACCAAGCCUUCAAGCCCAAGGAGCUCCGAAUUAGAGUCGGAGGUCCCCUCCAAAUAUUUUACUUCUAAAAUCGCAUCAAAGGUCAAGUCUAUCGUUGGCCUUGAGACCGACGAUACGAAGCCGGUCGUCAACAACAAAAAACGCAAACGCACCAAUGCAGCCACCGAACACGACCGAGAGGACGAAGAGCCUGUCCCAAGGCAACAGUUGCCCAGAAAACCCCGUACCAAAGUAUCCGUGCCGAUGACACUCACACCCCAACAAUUAGCGGCGAAGCAAGCCAGAAUAUCAAAGGCCACCGAAAACGACUCAGAGUCUUCAGAGUCGGAAGACGAGUUAGCGACAGCACCUGUUUCUCCCACCAAGCCGAGGCCGAGAGGAAGACCCAAGAGGGCUACGGCUGCUCCACCGAAACCGAAACCAAAACCAGCCUCUACCCGUACCCGCCAAUCAGCCUCAACUAACACUAAGGUGUCAAGUACUUCCAGUGCUCGUAAGACUCGUAAAUCGCGGGACGAAUACGACUCCUCUAUUCGCGAGCUUACUCAUUCUUCGAAUUCACCAACUCCGUCCGAAACCUCUGAUACGCGCGGGUCUGCCGAUUACGACCCCGAACUUGAAGUUUCAGCUGACUAUCAACAGGACGAGGACGAGGAAGAGGCUGCUUUGGAAGCCAUGGAAGUUGACAGUGACGCUCUGGAUGACGAAUCAGACUUUGGGCCGCACAGAAUAGCGGAACGUGCAAGUAGCGUUGGAAAACGGGCCAAAAAAGAUGCGACCUCGGAAGAGGAAUAUCAGUCAGAUGAGUCUGGAGCUAUCAUCGUCGGAAAGGUUGCACAGGCACCAGAGACCGGGAGAGUUCCCGAGGGCCAAAUUUCUCAAAAUACGUUCGACUUCUUGCUUAACCUCCAAGAUCCUGAGAAGAACGACCGAGAAUGGUUCAGGUUACAUGAACCGGUUUACAGGCUCGCUGAGAAGGAGUGGGUUGCUUUUGUUGAUGCUUGGGUAACGACCCUGGUUGAGGUGGAUGAUCAAAUCCCGCCCUUACCUCCGAAGGAUAUCAUACAUAGGAUAUAUCGGGAUCGUGAGUCUAUGGCGGAUCACAUUUCAAUCAAACCUGGGGGUGGUAGUCUAGUGGCAGCUGGCGUGUGGUGCCCUGGCAAAAAUGAGUUGCAGACCAUCAGGAAUGUCAUACAACGAAAUCACGCUCGGCGACUCCGGGAAAUAAUAGCCAAGCCUAGUUUCGUAAAGUACUUCGGGGCGCCCGAGCCUCUCGCCACUAAGGGCAAAGAACGCCAACGCCAGAGUAUCUUCGGAGCUGAAGAUGAGCUCAAAGUGGCGCCGGCCGGAGUGAAGAAAGAUCAUCCCAACGGUAUUGAUGAGAUGGAUUGCACCUUAUCCAGGGAUAUUGAUCUUCUCAAGUGUCGAAGUUUCGCCGUCAUUCAUAGAUUUACCGAUGCUCAAGUUUUGAAAAAAGACUUCUUGGAGAAGAUUCUGAAACCUGUGCUGGUCGAAGUGAGACCGUUUGUGCAUUGCCUUAAUGAUUAUAUGACUUUAUCACCGGACGAAGCCAGCGUACCUGGCUCCAGCUCAAGCUCUGACGAGGAAUAA